CGACAAUUGCAAGGAUCUGAAGUUGACGAUGUUUUCCAUCACCGGCACCGAUGGAGGUCCUGAUGGGAGAAUGGUAGUGCGGAGGACAGUCUCCACAGUCAACGCCGAUGGCACGACUGCGGUGCCGGCACCAAAUGCGCCAGAACCGCAAGCGGGGGAUGAACUAGUGGCUGUGAAUCAAACUCUUGUGCACCACUCGAACUUUGUGAAAACCAGAAGACAAGCAGGAAAGGACGUUUUUGGAAAUGCUGAGGAGUUUCUUGUUGGACUAGUCGGAAGUGCGGCAGAUCAACCAUCUGGUACGAAAAGACUACUACACCUACUUUUCCGACGUUCUGGUGGAACCUUCGCAG